AGAAAUACUAACUCUUUAAAGUGUGAUUCCUGUCGAAAGAGAAAGCUAAAGUGUUCAAAAGACUUGCCAAAAUGUACCAAAUGUGUGCAGCAUAAUUGGGAGUGUACAUAUUCUCCAAGAGUGGUUAGAAGUCCAUUAACAAGAGUUCAUUUGACUAAAGUGGAGAAUAGAGUUCGUGAUUUAGAAAAUCUAGUUCACGAUCUAUUACCAGAUGCUGAUGUUGAUAAAUUAUUGAGUAAACAGGUGCCAAAAAGUGUGACUCCAAGAACUCAUUCUGAAGCUCAGUCACCUGCUACACAAUCACCUUUGGCUAAUUCUGUUGUAUCUGUUGGAUCUUCUGAUUCUAAUAGUUAUCACCCAGAGGUUCCAGAAGAUGAUGUCCCAGAAGAUGCUAUUUAUGGGUUUGACUGGGUUGAAGAAGAUGUCGAAUCAUCUGUCAAUGACGGUAUGGCUGCCUUGAGUUUAAAUCCUUCAAACAAAGGUUAUUUCGGUGUGGCUAGUAGUGCUGUGGUUUUAAGAGCUUUAAAAAUACCCAAAGAAAAAGAUGAGGAGGAUUCAAAUAGUACUACUGAUUCAAGAAGCAACUCAAGAGGUUUAGACUUUGAUUCUACACUAUCUUUGACUGCCAAAUACUUGACUAAUGAAUUUGUUGAUUCAUAUUUUGCUAAUUAUCAUACAUCUUAUCCAUUCAUUCAUAAGGAAACUUUUUUGGCUCAAUAUAGGGAUGAAAUACCUACACCUACACAUGAAAUAUGGCAAAUCUUAUUGAACACAGUGUUGGCGUUGGGUGCUUGGUGUUUACAUGGAGAAUCUUCAAAUUUUGAUUUACACUAUUAUCAAAAUGCUAAAUCAUAUCUUUCAUCAUAUGUUUUUGAAAGUGGGAGUAUACCGUUACUUCAAGCUUUAACAUUGUUGAGUAAUUAUACCCAAAAGAGAAACAAACCAAAUACCGGGUGGAAUUAUCUGGGGCUUGCAGUUAGAAUGGCUAUGGGUCUUGGUCUUUAUAAAGAAUUCUCAAACUGGUCUAGUUCCAAGAAUCAAUUACAGUUAGAAAUGAGAAGGAGGUUAUGGUGGGGUCUUUAUAUAUUCGACGGUGGUGCUGCCAUUACUUUUGGUAGACCUGUUAAUUUACCAGAUGAACAAAUGAUGGAUAUUGAAAAUGUUUCUAAUAUUAAUGAUGAUGAUUAUAGUUUCACUGGACUAAGGCAGGAAGUCACUCCAGUUUCUUAUCCAACUAUUUAUUCAGGAUUGAUUGAACAGGUGAAAUUCACAAAGAUAUCUACAGACAUUUACAAUAGAUUGAUCUCAAAACCAUCACCAAAUGCCAAUGAAUGCUUGGCUAUGAAUAAUAGAAUUGUGGAAUUCAUCAAUCAGUUACCUCCUUUCUUUUCUGAGAAUAAUUUUGUCGCAGAGAACGCUUCACAGAUUCCUAAUGUUUCCAAAACUCCAGAGUGGCUAGCAUUAACAAGAUAUAGAUUGAUUUGGAGAUAUAAAAAUUUACAAAUCAUUUUAUUUAGAGCUUUUGUUUGGCAAAGAGUUAUCAAAGCUAAGAACCCAGAAUCGUCAGAAAUGACUAAUUCUCCAGAAGGUAAAGCAUGCAGAAGAAUAUGUUUAGAAUGUGCUCAUGAAACCAUUUUAUCAGUUUCAAACUUCAUUAGCAAUCAUGAAAUAUCAGUUAUUGCCAGUUGGUAUUCUACUUUUUUCCUUUUCCAUGCUGCUUUAAUCUCAGUGGUUUGUCUAUGCUCUGAGCCAACCUCAAAGCAUUCAGUCAGUUGGAGAAAUGAUAUUGUUUUGGCCAAGAAAGUUUUG